AUGUCUUCUUUCAUUCCGCUCAAUGUAUACCCUGAUUCCGAUUCUGAGGGCGAAGCCGACAACACCCAGGAGAUUCAGAUCGAAGAAGCCCUGAAACUCUACCAGCGAGCGCUCAAGUUCCACACUGAUGGCGAUUGGGACGAAGCUCACAAAGCUUACGACGAACUUUUCAGCAGCGAUAUAUUUCAAGCCGACAGCCUUAGUGGUGAUAUUGACGAUGAGCAGGUCCACGCCCGCAAUACAUCAUCAGCCUCCUCUCUGCCGCUUAUUCUCUACCUCGCAUACAAGAACCAUGGUGCCUUCAAGUUGGACAAACUUCAUGCGACUGGCGGCGACACAUCGACCCUCUUGUCUACGAUCCACCAAGCACUAGAAUGGUUUUCCACCGCUCUCGGCCGUGACGCCGGCGACCCCUCAUUAUGGCGCAAGUCCGCACAGCUCGCUCUCGCAAUUGAUUCUUCGAGACUCGCUCGGUUCGCGCUAGAGAGUAUACUAGACCAUGAUACAGUCGGUGCGGAUACUGCUAGCGACGCUCUUUCCCUAGUUAUGGGGGGUGUUCCAAAUCCAGAGGAACAUUUAGCUAGUAUACGGUUGCGAGAUGUUAUGCGUAAGAUCUGUGAUACGGUAUCACUCUCAAAUCCUAGGUUUAUUAAGAUUGCGAAACGGAAGAUUCGACCGGAAUUUGAGAAAUUCGUGAAUCCAUACCCAUGGCUCCCGCUGCCAGCUCCGGAAGCGCAAAAGACACUGGGGGAGGCCCUCGGAGCUAUAAGCGAUAGGAAACAGGUUGUAGUUGUGCCUACAAGGACUUGGGCAGCAGCCGGGAGAGCAAUAUUAUCACAUCUAGUACCAGAAGCCACAGAAGAGGCGGGGAUCAACACAUCCAGUGUCCUUCAAAUUGAGAUCCCAACAUUUGAAGGGGAGGAUCUUUCCCGGGACACAACACCCGAGGAACCAACACCUCCCGAAUUAGCGGGUAAGAGUGAACUACCAGCGGCGAGCGACAAUGAUGAUAUUGCCAUGACAGAUGCAUCCGCUGGCGCUAAUCUCUCAGUAAAUGGGCGACGAAGAAGCGGUUCUGCUGCACGAAAACGAAAGAGCGCAAGUUUAGGCGCGAACGAAGGGGAUGCCGGAAGAAGUAGACUAAGUAAGCGACAACGGGAUAAGAAAGAAGCCGAUGCGGCAGCAGCGGCCGCAGCGGCGGCUGCACCAGAUAGCAAAGCGAAGGUUCGGCAGGAAACACAUGAUGAGAAAUUGUUUAAUACGGCAGAUGAACUCUUUUCGCCGUUGGGAAUUCACUUAGGAACUGCAUCGAGCCUUAAGAUUAAAACCGAGGCUACCGGGGCGUUGGUAGCGAGGGAUGACCUAUAUCUGAGCGAUUUCAAAAAGAUUCUGCAAGAUUGGGACGAUGAUAAAGGGAACGUAGUACUUUAUGGAGACGGCAUACAAGGCCCAGAUGAAACGGCUCAAGGAAUGGCGUUUCUUGAUCUUGAAACAAACGUCCCGAGUCGUCCUAUACUCGGCGGAGACGAAGGGCUUCGAAAAUGGGUUAAGCUUGUUAAUUCACACGGAUGCACGCCCAAGGAAGCGGCGUUUGAGUGGUUAAAAGCAUUAUGUGUGCGUGAUGUCCAUCCUACUGGGACAAAACGACCUAGCAUCCGUGGAAUACUUGGUUCCGGUGGUCAGAGCUCCUGGAUACGACAUAAUUGGCCAGAUGUACUCAGAGAGACGGUAACAGCAGUUGCGAAAGAGUGUGAAGACGUUCUUGUGCGCUUCUUUCGCGAGCAUAUAACAACACUGACGGAACGUGGGGUAUUUCUGGAGGAGGACCUUGCAGUCGUGGAAUGGGCGCAAACAUGUCUUGAGAUAUACUUAGGAGAUCUAGCAGACAGCGAGAGGCGUCGAAGUAGUGCGGAACUAAGUAUGGCUGAUUCUUUAACACUCACUGUACUAAGAGAAAGGGUCCAAAGGUGGAGUAUGAUUGUUGCGGAUCUUAUCGACUGUCUUCCUCGUGAUCAGGAGGGACAACUAGCAGAAGAUCAGUUAACAUUACGGUACCAAUGGGCAUCUGGAGUAUUCACGGCAUUUACAGGUGCCGAGAGAGAGUUCCGUCUUUACUAUUUCGAAGACCUUCGUCAGAUCCUCGAAAACGGAGAAACCCGCGCAUUUGAAAUCCCGAACAGUAGCAUCAUGCCCGAAGUUUCAGCACUACGUGCAGGCCGGGAAAUUAGUAAACUAAAAACCGUCGAUUUCUUUACUACUAUUUUCAAUGCCACUUCGGACGCGCGCGAUCCCGCCGAAGUAAUUGAGGUCCUCGAGGCUGUACUGGAACCUGGAAUAGUAGAGCCUUAUGAUGAGGAUGAGCGUAUAGCGUUGCAAGAGAUCUCACGCUUCCUUGAAGGCUCAAGCGCAAUGUUUAGAUUGCAUCUAUGGGAGAAACUCAAGACUGCGUAUGAACGAAUAUAUAACAGACCAAAAGUCCUGUGUUGUAUUCUGAGAUGUAUAGAGGUUAUUAUGAACGAUCUUAAGGACAGAUCUUACGUUGAAUCUACACCCGACCAUCGUUACUUUGUGCUUCUCCGGGCACUCAGGCUGGUGGACCAGUUGAUACCCAUCGUACUAAUGCUUGUAUCUGGGGGCAUGGGGAAUGUUAACAUGGCCGAGAUUGAUCCUGCCGGGCUUGUUGAUGCAAUGAAGGCAGUUGGUUCGUUAUUAAGAUUGUUACACACAUAUGCGUUUUGGGAUGACGCAGUAAAAAACACAGAGGCUGUGCAAAGUGAUUUACACUCAUACAGGCUAGUUGUUGUGAAGUUCAAGGAGAUGAUGGUGAGAGGGUGGUGCGUACAAUAUCUCCUAUACAGGGAGGCAGUGGAGAGGGGCAUGGGCAGAGAUAGUGGAUGGACAGAAGGGGAGCGAGAGUCAGCACUUUGUAGAUUGUUGAAGGAUGUGCAUGAUGAGUUGGGGGUUAGACAUUACUGUAAACUUUCCAAUCACGUAUUCCUGAAGCUAAUGCAUGAUGAGCUCCUCCGUUUCAAUCUCCGUGAAUUUGACCAUGAACUUCUUCAAUGCAUUCAUUGCCGGUUCCACCUGAUGAUUUGCUCGGAGAACUGGUAUUUCUACGAGCAUAAAACGGAUGCUGAAGCACUUGAUAAGGCGACUGCAAUGCAACUAAUGCCAUUUAUACUCCACCUUGCAUCUCGAAAGAAGAUAUUACAACUCGCAAAAACUGACAUCAAGGGUGGGCUAGAUAAACUCUACGAGGUUGUUGGCCCGCCAAAGAGCAUUAAUAAUAAUAAAAUUGCACAUAAUGAGCACGUGAUCUCAGUAUACAUUAGAGGAAGCAUACACCCAUUACGACUAUUUGGGUCUAUAAAAGGGGAGGGCGUUUUAAGUACCGUGGAAGUAGGAGGACUAUACGCGCAAGUGGCAGCAAAAGGACUAUACUUCAUCCUCGGCAAAUGCUCUCUUUAUCCUGUUCGGUACCAGAAAAAGGUCGGCGCCGUUAAAGGUGACGAGCUUGAAACUGCUGUCCGCUUCUUCCGCGCCGACCUCUCUUGCAUGCCCGAUAAAUGGGAAACCUGGUAUCGUCUCGCGCAAUCUUACGAGUCACAAAUGGAAGAAGCGCAAACGUGGAGCGCGGACGGAAUCAACACCCGCCGAUCAGAGCUCGUAGGAUUGGAAAGAAGAUCAAUUUUGUGCUAUAUGAUGGCCUCUUCCUUGGCGAUAAAACACGCAGACAUUGACGAUGAGGACGUGAAGUGCUUGAUUGGUGGGAUGUAUAUGGAUUUCGGGACGAGAGUUUACUCAGCGAGCAGGUCACCGAUGGCAGGUGAAAGCUUUUGGACAGACGGUUUUGAUAGGCACUAUUCUGGGAGAAACGGAGAAGGCAUGUAUAAAGCAAAGGCGCAUGCUGAGGUGAGUACAACGAAUGCGAUAAGGUUUGCCUUGGUGUUGUUUCAAAGUGCUGUGGAUAUGGAGGAACAAGAUAACUGGAAGGCUUAUUACAUGAUUGGCAAAUGUAUGGGGAAGCUGCUGGAUCUCGCAGAUGCUAAAACGACUUUCGGGCCAGAAGACGUCCUAGAAAAGUAUGUGGAAGCGAUCAAGUAUUGUCCUGAGAAGAUUGGAAAUGACCACAUAUUCGAGCCUCAUCACAAGCUUGUAUCUACAGCAUGUAAAUACGUCCUCAGAGAACGACUUACGCCCCAACGAGCUUGCGAGAUUCUCGAAGCAACUCCUUUCACUAAGAGGAUAGAGCCCGCUGAGGAUCGCGAGGGCUUCGUCAAAUACAUCCUCGAGGUCCUCAAAAAGAUGCGAACUGCAGAUAAACCAAAAUGGCACCACCGCAUGACCAAUCGCGCAGCACAGCUCAAAUAUUAUGAGCAAAAAGAUAUUGCUGGUGCAAGAGCUGAGUUCCAGACACUUUUCUCCAACAAGGCUGCACAGCUCAGUAUCUGGAGGCCCGAGAAUGAGCGGCCCGGCCGUCACUUUGUUUUUGCAAGCCAAUAUACCAUGUUCUACGUCGAUCUUCUGGAAAUUCUCGACGAUCGUGCUACACUUGAGGUUUUAGCUAAAAGAGUACGGAGAUUAGCGAACGGCCUAUUUAGACAUGCAGAUGUAUGGACGCAUGUCAUGAUUGCAUAUAUCAAGGUUCUCCGUCGUACUGGAGAUGUGCCAGACCAAGCAGACGAAGAAGUAUUCAAGAACGUGACAUUCGAAGAAUUCCAUACAUACUCGAUACAUCUUGAGGCAUACUGCAAUUUGAAAGAUACUGGUUCUGGAUCACCUACGCUGGAACUAUUGAGAGAAGUUUACGAGCUUCGUCGCUCCAACGGCGGACUGGCAAAAACACCAUUGAUCGAUGAUUUGCUUGCGGAUACGUACGCAAAGCUCUAUUCAGAGCUAGUACCACAAAUUCAGAAACAGUUGACGAACCCUCCCACAGGCACCACGACUCCUAUAGUGAUCACAGCAGCGCAGCAACUAGAACAGGAGAAUUCAAGGGCAAAUCCUAUGUCAUUAAAGAAUCUGAUGCUGAGCGAGGACCCCACACCAACAGAUGCUGCAUUGAUAGCUGCGCAUAACAAGCCGGAUGACCUGCCCUUAAGGGGGAAGAUAACAAAACUUUCGCGGAGAGAGUUGGUUAGUCGAGCAGCGAUGAUCUGUAAAAUUGCCUCCGCCCCAGUACAGGGCAAGGGAGCACCGACAGCAGGAGGCUCGGGUGCGAGCUCUGUCGUUGCAAAUCCUUCGAGUCCGAAGAGAGGUGUAACUUCUGGCGGGCAGGAGAGGGGCGGAAGUCCAGAGGAUACGCCCAUGGGUAGUCCUAGGGCAGAAAGAGAUGGUGAUAGUGAUGAAGGGAUGGAGUCAGAAGGUGAGGGAGACGUGAUGCAGGAUGUGGACCAAUAG